AUGCAUUACUUCUCCCCCCCUUUGGAUUCCCGGGUUGUCAUUGUGGCCGACCUUAUCAACCAUGCUACUUUUAGUUGGAAAUCAGAUACUGUAAAACGCCUUUUUAAUUCACGGGAUAGUGAUCUUAUUCUCCAAAUUCCUCUCAGAAUCUCUCAAGGCUCUGACUCUCUUAUGUGGAAUGCUUCCCUAUCUGGCAACUUCACUGUCAAAAGUGCUUAUAAAGUGGCAUAUGCCUUAAAGCAUAAUUCUCCCUUGUUAGCCCCUCAAGCUUCCAGCAGUCAUGCUCAGGCUUUCAAACCCCUAUGGAAAAUUUUUUGGUCUAUCCCCACAAAGAGGAAAAUCCAAUUCUUCCUAUGGCAGUGCGCUCAUGAUAGAAUUCCAGUCCUCUCAAACCUCGAAGUUAGAGGUAUUGUCAAGGAUGCUAUCUGCAAGCGAAGUGGCCUUGAGCCUGAAUCCACAUUCCAUCUUCUCUGUAGAUGCCCCUCAUCUCUCAUGGUUUGGCGUAUUAGUUCCUUGCGGCUGUGUUUUGAUUCUAUUUGCAUUUUUUGGGCCACUCAAUGGAAUCUCCUUAUUGAUUCUUGGCAGCCUCUCCCUAAUGGCAAAUCCAAUUUAAGCCUUGCCUCCUUCAUCUAUUGGCAAAUUUGGAAGGCUCGCAACGAUUGGCACUUUAAUUCCACUCAUUGGAAUCCCAAAGCCAUUCUGGAUAGAAUUAUGCUUAAUUUUCAUGAACUCUCUAAUAUAUCCACCUUGGACACUCGCCUCCAUACUCAUCUCUCCCCUUCCUCCCCUCCUUCUCAUUGGGUUCCCCCUGCUGAAGGAAAAUUAAAACUUAAUAUUGAUGCUGCUUUCUCCUUCCCGUCCAAAUCAGCUGGCGGCGGAUUUGUCCUUCGUGAUCACAAAGGUAAAACAAUCAAAGUUGCUUCAGUUUUCUCGCCCUUUAUUUCUAACCCAGAAGUCGCUGAGUUCCACGUUCUCCGAGAAGGUCUUUCUCUCCUUAUCCACUGGGGCUAUUCUGAAGUCAUCAUUGAAGGGGACUGA